CGCGGACAUUGGAGAAUGUCCAAGACAUAGGAACUUAAACCUCUCUAACGGUAUCACUUACCUUCGUGAACAACCCUCGCCAAGACAACCAUCAGCUGCUCGAAGCAGGACUUCUUCAGACCACGGCGUCAAAAGCAAAACAACCAGCACAACGACCACGAUACUCCCUGACCCUCCCAAUUACGAGCAUGAUCGCUCAGUAAGUUUUCACCAAGAUUGGGCCCUGGCUGAGGGAAGGCUGACCAGUGAGGAUGAGUCGCAAUCUGAAGGAAAUCUAUUGCAGAUGGCGCCUGUUAUUCCUCUGAAGCAGGAAAAUAGACACGACUGGACUAGCGCAGAUACUGGAGAAGGCGAGGGGCUUAUGGAAAAGAUGCUCAAUAGUGGUACUGGUGGUGGUCGUAGAGGCUACCACAGCAGUAAGCCACCUAGUACGACGAGCAGUCAAACCGGAAGUCGGAAGUUUAGGGAGCCCUACAACUUUUCUAGAGUAUCCAAAGUUGCGCCUUCGAGCUAUGCAUUCCAAUUGCAACAUGAUAGUAGUGGUAGUGUGAACACUACACAACAGCGAAACGCCUCGAUGCCGUACGCCUUUCCACGUCCAAAGACAACGCCACACGUGUCAAUGCACCAUCUGAAGAAGAAUGCUAGAGCGUUGAGAAAUACAGCAAGUGUAAAAGAUAAUCGACGGACAAAUAAGAGAGCACUUGGACUUGUGCAGGAGGACGACGAUGAUGAAGAUGACGACGAAGCAGAGUACGUAUUGCCCUACUCCGAAGCAAGAAAGAUGAAGAUAGAAGAGGAAAUAUUUGGAGCGGUCGGACCGAGGGGACCGAGUACACGCUUGUCAAAAAAACGCCAACAGGUGGAACAAGUGGCAGAAUUUUAUGCCAAGAAUAAGUUUCCUGUUGAGACGGGAAGUCGGCAGGAGGUAGAUGAAGAUGAGUUUUUGGACACUAAAAGUAGUCCAAGCACUAGUAACGCUGGCUUCUGUGUGGUACAACGAGAGCUUCAGACGCCGAGACUUGGUUUUCCGCAAAUUGGGACUAGUGCUAGUAGUGCCGUUUCUAGUCCCGCGCUGCCAGGAGUACAGUAUUCAACUCCAAUGCAACAGUAUUCACCUCCAAUGCAACCUCAACCACAGCAACCUCCAGUACAACAGUAUCUAGGCCAGCAACUUUCUCCUUGGCACGGUGCAGUUCAAAUCCCUUUUCAACCGAGUGUUGGUGCGAAGUUCGGGUUGCAACAACAGCAACGGCAACAAAUCGUGGCUUCUAUGAACUCGUUGCUGCUUCAUCAGCAGCAAUCACAAGCCCAACAGCACCAGAUGGCACAGGCUCAACUGCAACAACAACGAACAAGCCCACAGCCUCUGCGUUUGGUCUACAAAAACAAGUGGAUCCCUGAGCACCAAGAUGCGGUUCGAAUUUCUAGUGGCGCUUUUGGUUUCAUCUGUCGACAAGUUCCUGAUAUACAGAAAAAGACGUUGGUCAAGCCUCUA